CCAUAGGAAGCUGAUACAGAUGAUGAUAAUAGUACCUCGAAGGAGUGUUGUGAAGGUUAAAUGAGUUGCUAUGUGUAGAAUGCUGAGAACAUAAUCUGGAAUACAGUGAGUGCUCUUUUGUAGGUUGUUAGGUAUUGUUAGCUCAUUGACUCUUACCUAGCAACCCUAUGAAGUCCGUACUAUUAUGAAUCAUCUUGAAUGCAAGGAAUUGGAGGAUUAGAGAGUGAGCAAAGGUGAGGUUGUCUGGACUCUGCUCUAGCUUGAGCCAACCCUCAGAAGUCUAUGGAGUUUGGCUUUGGAGUGAUGGAUCCAGGUGCCUUUUGGUUUGGAGGCCCCUCAUAAGGAUGUUCUCUCAGCGAAGAUUUAACAGCUCUGAGCUACCAACGAGAACAGAAGAAUCUGAACUGAAGGUAUUUUGCUCUAAAAACAUACUGAGCAUCCUUGGUUUCUCCUGCAUCAUCGCUGUGAUAGCAUUGCUCGCUCUGGGGCUGACCCAGAACAAAGCACUGCCAGAAAAUCUUAAGUUUGGGAUUGUGCUGGAUGCGGGCUCCUCUCACACGAAUUUGUACAUCUAUAGAUGGCCGGCAGAAAAGGAGAAUGACACGGGGGUGGUGACUCAGAUAGAAGAAUGCAAGCUAAAAGGUCCCGGAAUCUCAGGCUUUGCUAAGAAAUUACAGGAAAUCAAUGUUUAUCUGACCGCGUGCAUGGAAAGAGCCAGGAAGGUGAUCCCAUCAGCCCAGCACCCAGAAACUCCUGUUUACCUGGGCGCCACGGCCGGCAUGCGGUUGCUCAGAAUGGAAAAUCAACAGAUGGCAGACAAGAUCCUGAAUGUGGUUGCAAAGAGCAUCAACAAGUACCCCUUUGACUUCCAAGGUGCCAGAAUCAUCAGUGGCCAGGAGGAAGGUGCCUAUGGCUGGAUUACUGUCAACUAUUUGCUGGGCAAAUUCACUCAGAAAUUGAGUUGGUUUAACCUGAAGCCAAGCAAAGAUGAUACUCAGGAAACCUAUGGAGCCUUAGACCUUGGGGGAGCCUCUACACAAAUCACUUUUGUGCCCCAAAAUGAAAUGAUCGAGUCUCCAAACAACAACCUGUACUUUCGCCUCUAUGGCAAGAACUACAGUGUGUACACACACAGCUUCCUGUGCUAUGGGAAGGACCAAGCACUCUUGCAGAAACUGGCCCUGGGACUUCAGGGUACAAGUGAAAUCAUCCAUGAGCCAUGCUUUCACUCCGGAUACUUGAGGAAACUUAACAUGAGUGUCUUCAACGAAGGUUUCUGUGCCAGGAGAUAUAUGUCGACUUCUUCAUACCAUCCAUUCUUUGACAUUGAAGUCCGUGGCACUGGAAACUUCCAACAAUGCCAACAAGGCAUCAUUCAACUCUUUAACUCAAGUUACUGCCCUUACUCCAGAUGCUCCUUCAAUGGGGUUUUCUUGCCACCACUCCAAGGGCAGUUUGGGGCAUUUUCAGCUUUUUACUAUGUGAUGGAGUUUUUAAACCUUACAUCACAGGAACAUAUAUCUACGAAAAAGUUGACUGAGAAGUUGGAAGAGUUCUGCACUCAGAGUUGGGAAGAGGUGCGUCUGAGUUUUGGCGACGUGAAGGAGGCGUACCUGAGUGAAUACUGCUUCUCUGGCACCUACAUCCUGGCUCUCCUCCAGAACGGCUACCAUUUUACAGACGAGUCCUGGAAAACUCUUCACUUCAUGAACAAGAUCCGGAGCACCAGCGUUGGGUGGACUUUGGGCUACAUGCUGAACCUGACCAACAAGAUUCCAGCUGAAGAGCCAAUGUCCGCACCCCUCUCCCACUCCACCUAUGUCUUCCUCAUGGUCCUCUUCUCCCUGAUCCUGGUUGCAGUGAUCAUCAUAGGCAUACUUGUCUUUCACAAGCCUUCGUAUUUCAGGAAAGACAUGAUAUAGCAGGAGUAGCUGAAAUCUUCUGGCUGGAGCGAGAAAACUUGCCCAGGAAGCACUUUUCUCCACUGUGGUGCACAAGGUCACCACUUCUUGCUCACCAAGGCCAGUCUUGACCAGCAUGAGGCUUCCUUGGCUUUUGCUAAAGCCUCUCCGUGGGAGGUAUUCACCACCCUCUGCUUCAAAGACUUCCUGGCAGACACUGUCUUUUUUGUGAGUCUUUCCAAACGUCCCCCCUUUCUCUUUUGUACUCUUUGUUUGUGUAGGUCUUAAAGACCUGCCUCCUUUCAUGAUCAUUGCUUUAUAAAAGAACAAUAUUGACUUUGUCCAAAAGAACUGAGAAUCUUGAGUCCUGUGCUGGGAAGCUGCCCAGGCUAAAAGAAGAAUCUUGGGAACUAAUACAUUUGUGAUCUUACAGACCUGUUUCCCAUUUAUUAAGAAAGCCAUACAAUGCUUUUGAAGAAGACAGACACACACCCAAGCCCAGCCUGCUCUUUCCAUGGGAAAAUUUUAUAGACUAAGCAAAUGUGUGCUAGGGCAAAAGAGUCUUGCAAAGGAAUUUCUGUGCUCAGGCAGUAAAUACAAUAGCUAAUCCAAGCCAAAAGAGGGUUUUUGCCUAAGUCACAUAUUCCCGGGUGAUGCCAAAAAUGCUACAGAGUGGGACACCCAUACCAGAGAUUAUUUUAAAAGCUGCUGUACAUAUAUAUAGGCAUUCAGACAUCAGGGCAUAUUAUUUAGUAGGUGUACACAUGUCAGGAAGAAAAAUACAGUUACAACAUAAGGUUGGAAAAAUGCGUCCUCCAAAACAUCUCCUGGGGUUGGUUUUUAUUGUGGUAAAAGGCAUAGAACCUAAAAUUCACCAUUAUAACAUAAACAGUUUAGUGGCAUUUAGUACAUUCACAAUGCUGUGCAACUGUCACUACUAUCCAGCUCCAGAAUAUUUUCAUCACCAAGAAAUUGGCUGGGUAUAAGACCAUCCUGAGGUAGACAUGAACCAUCAACCUUUCCAUUUUACUAAACAUGCUAACCAGCUGCACCACAAAGAUGCUCACUGAGAUGCUCACUAAAGCCAUGCUGUAUCUUACUGUCCCAGGAUCUAAUUUAGUGAGAGAACUUCAUGAGUGAGAGUGGCAUGCCUUUUUGGUGUCAUGGUAUUUACACAACAAAAUGUGCCAGGAACCACAUCUACAAGUGUUACUGCUGCUUCUACGUACUUUUGCUUUAAGCAUCUUUGCCAUAGACAUCUUUGCCACAAGCACUUGUGGACACAUUUCCACUGCAGUAAUUGGCUCGGAAGCAAUUUUGCCAUAAAAGAUAAAAUAAUGGAAAGUAAAAGAGGGGCAAUUAAAGGACACAAUGAAAUAAUAACAAAAUUCAAGACAUUGUGAAAUAUAAAAUGUUUGAGUACAUUUGAAAUGUGUGUAGAUUCAUGGCAAUACUGUACAAAUAGCUUAUUUUAUUUUGCAGGUUGUACCUAAGUACUUGUCUUCCAAGUCUUUCAUUCAUAGCAUUUUAUACGGGUGUUUUUUUUUUUUUUUUUGGCUCAUUGGUUUGUCUCCUCAUUCUGCAUCAUACUUUUUCUUGUUCACUAAAAUUUCUUCCUUCAUAAAGAACGAUAUAAGUUUCCAAGUACUUAGAGGUAUCUUUGUAACUGAGCUUUGUGCUGUGUUGUGAAAGCUUCUACGCAGGUGUUGUUUGUUCUUGACAUAUUGUCACGUGUCCAUUGACAGACAUUCCAAAGUCAUGUGGGAAAUGUGGGUUUCCCUCUCCACCUUCUAGGACUGUGGCCUCUUUCUCCUCCAAAGUAGUGUUUUAAAAUAAGAAACCAACUCUUGGGACAAAUCACUGUCAUAUGCCAGCUCAAUAAAGCCAUCGAUAAUAUUGCCAACUAGAAGAAAUGCUAACACAUUUCAACCAGCUGAAACCAAACUGUCAAAC